UUGUGCGCAGGUGGGGACCUCAGAUGGUGCAGGAGAGAGGUUGAAAUGUGCAUUUGAUUCAACAGCGAGCGCAAAGUGCAUCUCUUAGUUGUCUCUUUAAUGGCCAAUGUAUGUGCCCCAAUGCAUACAACUCCAUUGAUUUCCAGUGAACUGCUCUUAGUGGUCUGUUGUGGACUUCAGCUUCAAUAGAAAGACAUUGUGGUUCACCAUUGGUCUUCCACAGAGAUGGAGGACCCUGAUCUCCGUCAGCAAAAGCUGGACAAUCAGCGAAGCUUGCUGAUAAAAAAACAGCAGAAAAAGAGGUCAGACAGCCAGAUGGUCACAGCCAAUCUUGACACGCGACCCAAGAAUCGCCGACAGAAAGCUGGAAGCGAUGACACAGCCCUGUUAAUUGAGCCAUCCCCAAGCAACACAUCCUUGAAUGACUCUCCAACUGAACAGCCUCUUGAUGGUGCGCUCGAAGAGAUCAGCCUGGGAGAGCUCAACAUUUCUAACCAGGCAAACAGGGCCCUGGCUGAAGAUGCCCCGCCAGCUAUUCCCAUCAUCACAAAGACUCUCGACUUGGACACAGAGAGCCCGACAGAGUCCAACUGCAUCCUGGGACCAGAGAGCCAAGUAGAGGAGAAGAAAACCAAAAAGAAAGGAGUAAAAAAGGCACAAGGAAAACUGGAUAAAGAUGAUGCAGAGGGUGGAGAGAAGCAGAAAGAAAAGAAAGAGAAGAAAGGAGCAAAGAAGAAAGACAAGAAAAAUGAAAAUAAAGUGAAAGCAACGCAGAAUGAGGAGGAACAACCAACGAUUCAGAUUGAUUCAGUAACACAGUUCCAGAUUGGCAAUGAAACUAUGUCUGGAUCAGAACCAGAGGAUGAGAAGAAAGACUGGUCCAAGAGUCCCGUCCCUCCCACUCCAAAGAAAAAACGAGUGAUAAAACCACGAUGUCAGUUGAGCGACAAUGAAGAAGACGAGGAGUUGGAGCUUGUGACAUCCGCCAAAGAGUCCAAAAAGAAGGAGAAGAGAGACAAGAUCAACAACAGCAUCGCUUCUCUCAAUUCCAACUACAGGGAGUCAUCCUCUGAGGGGGAAUCAUCUGGGAGAGGAUCCUCACUUUCUGUUGAAGAUUUGGAGCAGUUUGCACUGCGACCCGCACCAAGGGACGUGACCAUUCAGUGCAGAAUCACCAGAGAUCGGAGAGGGAUGGAGAAGGGCAUCUAUCCCACCUACUACCUGCACAUGGAGAAGGAGGAUGGCAAAAGGGUGUUCCUGAUGGCUGGGAGGAAGAGGAAGAAGAGCAAAACAUCAAACUACCUCAUCUCAACUGACCCUACUGACCUGUCCAGAGACAAAGACAGCUACAUUGGCAAAUUAAGGUCAAAUAUCUUGGGCACUCGCUUUACCGUGUAUGACAACGGAGUGAAUCCAGACAAAAAGCCAUUUGUUCAGGAGAGUGAGAAGCUUCGUCAGGAGCUGGUGGCAAUAUGUUAUGAGAAGAAUGUUUUGGGGUUCAAAGGCCCAAGAAAAAUGACAGCGAUCAUCCCAGGGAUGAAAGACAAUGAUGAAAGAGUCUGCAUUCAGCCGAAAUCUGAGCUGGAGACUCUGCUCACCCGCCAUGAGAAUGGGAACAUGGAGAACCUGGUGACCCUCAACAACAAGUCGCCCACCUGGAAUGAGCAGACACAGUCCUAUGUGCUCAACUUCCAUGGAAGGGUCACUCAAGCCUCCGUCAAAAACUUUCAGAUUAUUCACCCUGACAACGUGGACUACAUUGUCAUGCAGUUUGGGAGAGUGGCUGAAGAUGUAUUCUCCAUGGACUACAGUUUCCCUAUGUGUGCAUUACAGGCCUUUGCCAUCACUCUGUCUUCCUUUGAUGGGAAGUUAGCUUGUGAGUGAAUGGGCAUUGCAUAGAGCUAAGAAUCUGCUAAAUUGUUGGACUAAAGAUGGCUUUGAAAGUGUGCCUAUUGUGAAAAUAGCAAAGGUAUGGAGGGCUUGCCAUUGUCACUUUUCAAUACAAUGCUUACUCAUGGAGUAUUUAAUUUCGACAAGAAACUUGAAAAAACUGUCAGUGAAUGUUUCGGAAAAUACCUCUGUACACCACACUGUAUUUAAACAUAGUAGGCAUUGUAAACAAGCACAGUUGAGCUUUUGCAACUGUCAUGAAUAUUUAAAAGGUUUUUGUAAGACUUUAUGUGGCAAAUAUAAACCACUGACAAGCUCUAACAAUCUUAUGUAAUAUUAGCAAGACUUUGUGAUAUCUUAUGAUAAAAUAUCUUUCAUGACAGGGUGAUACUUCACUCUGUAUAAAUGGGAGUGCUGAAUAAAUCUGAGUUGUAUUAAA